UCAAUUCUGCCAGGCUUCUUCAUAUGAGAGAAGAAAUUGCGGAUGCCUGACCGCCUCUCCACGUUUUCACUCAGCCUGCCAAUUUCGGUUUGAAUGCUCUGCAGCGCCCUUUGAAACAAAAAAGAAAAAGAAACACCUAUGCUAUACGACGGCGAAACCUGAGAGCAAAUGCUACUUACUGAUCUAGCUUUCUGAUGUUCCCCACCCACGCUCCUUCGCUCGAUGCAUCAUAUGAGUCAAGGGCCGCCAUCACACGGGCCGUGGUGUCGGUGACGUAUCUCCCAAAAAGCUCCCAGUCCUCUUUAUUCUCCUUAAACUUUUUGACCUCAUUGAGGAUAGCGAGUGCGGCGCCAGCGGCAGCCUGCAAAGGAGGGAGCACUCCUGACGCAGCGUGGACAGCAGUGAGAACUGGAACCGCGACGUUACCUCCCGCCUCAAUGAUGCCAUGGAGCUUUUGCUUCAGCGACAUAGCGGAUAACGGACGAAUCGAUGGACGCGGAAGAGAUCGGACGGUGACGGCGGUCAAGCGAACACCGCAUAGAUCACAGCCGCAAUUUGUCCCAUUAUGGGAAGUACUCCUGCGGCAGAUUCUGUCGAUCCUCGCAGAACUGGCUGUUCGCAACCAUCUAUUCCAAUGCGAUUGCAAUGGCCAAGCGUGACCAGCUGCAUCAGUGCCAGUUGGUACUAUCAGUCGUGCGGGGGGCUGAAGAUUC